AUGAUGAUACAGAUAUUCGUCCUACUGCUAUUUCAAUCUGUGAUAUCAAUAUCAGAGCGGCAUUUACGCGAAAAAAUCGACGGUGAAUACAGAAUAAUCCACGAUUACUACGCUGAAGUCGACUCGAAACGCAAAAGAAGGUCGUCAUUGCUGGUUAAUCAGACGAUUUCAGACGAUGACGAAUUCGAGCACUACUUCACCUUUAAAACGGCCGAUUCAAACGACCUUCGCUUCGCAGUGACUUUGGACUCUGGUAGCGACUCCGGAUGCAAGUUCUAUUCCGGCCGAGUGGUCGGACAGGACGACAGCGAGGCGACUUUGAGUGAUUGUUUUGGCGGUCUGUGGUCAGGCAUGAUCCACAUGGACGACGAGCUCUGGAUCCUGGACCAUUUGGAAGACUCCAGCCAGAGACGAGCUCACGUCAUCUAUCGACUGGACGACGAUGUGAACUCGGUCUUGUCAACGAAAAACUCAAAUUCCCUCGUUAGAGAUACCUUCGAUUUCCUCCCUCCAUCAUCUCGUCGCUCGCGUUCUCGUCGAGCUGCUGCUGCAUUUCGCUCGAGCUUGCCGACCCGCAGCAACAUGAAGAAGCCAGCCUUGAACGUCACUAUCGAGGUCACCGUUGGCGAUGACCUGGUGCAGCACUAUCAGGAGAUUGUGAACAAGAAGCAGACGAACGAUGCUGCCGGGCGGGAAUACUCGCUCGAAAAAUACAUCGACGCUUUGAUGAAAUACACCAACGAUAUCUACAAGCACAGCUCGUUGACUUCUCGAUUCCACUUUCACCGAGUCGGCAAAGUGCAAAAACUGGAAAAGCGAGAGACCGAUAGCAUCAUGUCUUACAAUGGCGCGCAGGAAACGCUGAUGGAGUUCUGCAGCCACUCGGGGAGAAAUGGUUUUACGCCUUUCUGGGAACCCGGAAAGAAAAACGGAGAUGGAGAAACGAAGCACGCUAGCAUCCUUCUAACCAGGAGGCCUUUUGGUCCAGCGGGUUCCACACAACAUGAAAUCAAAGGAAUGGCGACAAUCGACAAGAUCUGCUCCCCCAAUCCGUACUCAAAGACCGAGUGUCCAGGCGCCAUCGUCAUCGAAGAAGGAGUCGCGACCGCUUUCGUCAUCGCUCACGAGCUCGGGCAUCUUCUUGGCAUUCGAACUCACGAUGGUGAUCCAGGCAACGCUUGCGCCGAUGCCAUUGCGGAGAAUUCCAUGAUGGCUGCGCAGGUCAAUUCGAAAUUUGGAAGCUUCACUUGGUCGAUUUGCUCAAAUCGAGAAUUGGGAGAAAGCUACGUAAAGAAAGGCAGCCAAUGCUUGGAAAAAGCCAAUGAAAUUCAACAUCGUCCCGGAUUCCGAUCCAAUCGCAUGCAGAAUCAAGUCAGAAGCACGGUACCAAUCGUUGACUUGACUAUCUUCACUGCUGAUCAACAAUGUCAACAGACAUUUGGAGCGGAGUGGACGAGAUGUCCAGAGGGACAGUACCCAAGUGAGAGCAAAUUUUGCCAGAACUUGUGGUGCAAGACUCCUCAGAAUCCAGCUCUUUGCCGAACCAAGGAUGCUCCAGCCGAAUCAACCCCCUGUCCACUUGGAAACGGCCAAGAAGGAAAAUGCUUCUCUGGCACUUGCAUCGGCCACGAUAUUGGUUCUUACCAGCGACCGGGUUACUUCUCCAACUGGUCAACAUGGUCCACUUGCAACGUCGAGUGCGGAACUGGUACGCGGCUGCGAACGAGAAGCUGUAGCACUGGAAAUUCUUUCGAAUGCGAAGGGGAUGAUACCGACUUCAUGGUUUGCAACACUCAUGAGUGCGUGGAGCCAGUCGACAAAAGAAUUGAUGCCUGUUAUAAGAAGACAGGCAAUUCUAACAUGAUUCCCUUUGUUCCGAACCAUAAUGAUAAUCCCUGCCACUUGAGCUGCAAAAUCUACGGCUCUGAGCCGGAGAUUAUUUGGCCCAAAAGACCUGUACGAGAAGAGGACCAGUGGGUCCCUGAUGGAACAUUUUGCGAUUACCGAGUCCCACAUGGCGGCAUCUGUGUCCAAGGAAAGUGUCAACAAGUGGAUUGCGAGGGACGCAGAGGCGGAAGAAAACAAGUUGACGAAUGCGGAGUUUGUGGUGGCGAUGGAUCUCAGUGCCAAGAGCAGCGAGGGGCAGAAACUGUCAAGGGAAAGAGCAAAAAAUCAACGAAACGAGCUGCGCUGACAAUUCCAGCUAAUGCAUAUGGAAUUGUUUUGAGCAUCAAAGCAAGAACGCGAUACUACAAGAUCUUUUUCACCGACAAGCAGUCAAACAAAGAAUACCAAAUGUGGCCUCUUGAAGAACAGUCCCGCCGAAAACGCCGCGUAGAAUUUGGCCAUGAAGCAGCUAUCGGCGGCGCUCAGUUUUCUGUGAAUCAAGUUCAAUCAGGCCACUAUGGAAAAUCAUCGCGAAAUCGAAGAAAGCGAUCUCCAAGAGUCAUUCCAAGCAUCAGAACUGAGGGACAGUCCCAUACUGUUAGCGAAAUUCAAGUCGAGGUCGAAGUGACUCGAGGAAAAAAAGCAAAGAAGGGUGUCCGAAUCCAGUAUCAAUACAAUGUCCAUCGCAGCGCGAUAGAAAAUGCCCAAAACGACUUCGUGUGGGAGCAUGAUGGCUGGAAGAGUUGCCCUCCCAAUGAUGCCCGAGGAUGCGCGAUGAAAAAUCGAGUGAAAAAGCCAAUCUUUGUCUGCAAAUCGAGAAGGACAGGAAACAGACAUAAUGACGAUGAUUGCAAUAUGCUGAAAAAACCGAAAUAUCCCCGACCACAGCCGUGCGCUCCUUGCCCGUUCUACGAGUGGUCCCCUGGCAAAUGGGGUAGCUGCCCAAUCAAUCAGUGCGGUGACGAGCGAUACCGGUACCGUAAAGUCUACUGCAGAAACGGCGACAAAAACAUCGUCGACGAUUAUUACUGCGCGCACCUACCGAACAAGCCUGCCGAAUCGAACCCCUGCAAGCCAGUUCCGUGCACCCCAAAAUGGCACAGUGGAGAGUAUUCGCCUUGUAGCGUCACUUGCGGUGAUGGAUACAAGGAACGAGUAGUCGAGUGCCGAAGAGGGAAGGAAGUUGUUGGGGAUGAACAAUGCUACCGCGAAAACUCGUUUGUCCCGGAGAGAAGAGCAGCUUGUUACGUUUCUUGUCAACAAACCGAGUCAUUUUGCAUCGACAAAUCCGCUAUGUGCGAAAAAAUCGCCAGCAACGAUAAUUUCUGCUCUCCAAAGUCCAAAAUCGCCAAGUUUUGUUGUGCUUCUUGCCGAAGACUUGGGCGAAACACCCGUCUCAAAGCUCGUUUGACGCCUCGAUACACCUAUGAAGACUAUCAUUUGACGGAUUUCAACAAGAUUGAACCUUUGCCUUCACCGGGGCCAAAUGACGAACCCGAGUACUACAAUUCGGAAUAUGACAGCGAAGAAGACAUCAUCAACCCCAAUGAUGAUUUAUUCUCGAGGAAGAGACGCAGUGAUGAUUAUUCUUCAUCAUUUUUAGAGGAGUACAGAGAGCCGCCGAGCAGUGAGCUGUCAUGA